UGUAUCGUACCUCAGUAAAUGACGGGACUCUUCACAGCGAUAUCUCGUUGCCUGAGCCUUCUUGUGUGCCUCGCGUCCUCUCUUCUCGAGUACGACCGAGGUGAGGGAGUAGAGGAAAUACGAAUACCUUUGGAAGGUUCUAAUUCGAGCAGAUGGACGAAGAAGUUGCUAUCGCUCAUGACGUCGUUAGACACACAAGCAGUAGUCCUAUCAAUGACUACAUAGCCGGUGCUCUGGGAGGGAUGGUGGGGUUGGUGGUUGGACACCCAUUCGACACAACAAAGGUACAGCUGCAGACACAGUCCAGCAGAACCAAGUAUCAUGGCACAAUGGAUGCUCUGAAGCACAUACAGACACAAGGUCUAACAAGAGGUUUCUUCCGAGGGAUGUCAUGGCCGCUGCUGUCGUAUGGCGUUAUCAACUCGGUAUUCUUCGGAAUCUACGGAAACACUCUACAGCUUAUGCAACACAGGCGCAGCGAACGUGACCGAGCGUCAUAUUUGGACAUCUACGUGGCGGGGUGUGUCGCGGGAGCCGCUCAGUUGGUUGUCGCCUGUCCUGUUGACCUCUGUAAGGUCAUUCUACAGUCACAGAUACCUCACGAAACUACCUCAGGGAAAAAAGGCACAGCCAGAGUUGCCUCCCCCUACUUCAAAGGGCCCUGGGAAGCUGUCAUGGCGACCGUUCGACAGAAUGGUGUGUCUGGGUGUUACCGAGGUCUCACGGCCAUGGCAUUCAGAGACAUUCCCAGCUACGGCCUCUACUGUGCAAUCUACGAAUACCUCACCGACGUUAUGCACGAUCGUGGACUCACUGACGACCGGGGUAUAUUUGCCAGUCUCAUGGCGGGAGGGACUUCCGGAACAGUCACAUGGUUCUCAAUUAUGCCAUUUGACGUCAUCAAGAGCCGGAUGCAAGCGGAUUUAUCCGGAAGUUAUAACGGCAUGAUAGAUUGUUUGAGAAAAACAGUAAAAUCAGAGGGUAUCAUGGCCUUGUAUAAAGGAACUUUUGUAACAUGUGCGAGAGCAUUCCCUGUAAACGCAGCAACGUUUUUAACAUAUUCACAAACAUUAAAAUAUCUAAGUUGAAAA